AUGACGCAGCAUGCUGUCCCUCCCAAUGGCGAGCCUGCAUUGGUUUCGUCCAGAAACUUUAUUUUGCGGCUGGUGUUGCCAGGCUUAUUGCAAGGCAAGGCGCAGACUUUUGUGCAGCCCAUGCUGCCCAUUUUCGUGGCGGUGGACCUGGGCGGCUCACAUGGGAUGGUGGGCCUCAUUGCUUCAUGUUAUCCGAUUGCUCAAUUCCUUGGCUCUACGCCCGUGGGAUUUGUGAUGAAACAUUUGGAGAAUUCCUUGGCCGCUUGCCUUGCUUUGGCAUGGAUGGUCACCACAGCUUUGCUUUCGUUUGCAGCACAGACAGUCUAUGUCCUCAUGUGUAUCCGCUUGCUUGGUGGCCUUGGUGCUACCUCUUUUGACAUCUCGCAGAAGGCUUGGUCUUUUCUUCAGGUUUUCUGUUUGCCCCGGGGCAGGGAUGUCGGUAAGACAUUUGCUCCAGUUCAUUUUUUAGUUCGUCCGAGGAUUGCCGCGUUGCUCAGUGGGGUGGUGGCCCAGCACCUGGCGACGCGGAGCAUUUUCUUGGUCCAGGCCUCCUUGUCAUUUUGCGCUUUACUCCUCAUUGCCUUGCACAGCCUCUACUUGAGAAGGAAGAGCGCUGAUGUGGAGUUGCAGGACUCAGGUGCAGCAGCGCCUCAAGACGUCUCUUUGCGGGCAAUUGUACGAGAUCACUGGCGAGGAUUGUUAGGUGCAGGGCAUCAUAUUGGGCUGAGCAAGAUGGGCAUUGGUGCCAGCGUGGCGUGGUACAGGGGAUGUGAUGCCGCGGUCACCACCGCAGUUGCAGGCUACAUCAUGGACAAUUAUGGUCUUAAAGCUUCAGCAGUUCCCUCCAUGCUGCUGAUGAGUGCAGCCUUUUCACUCCUGGCCAUUGUGCAAGGUCCCAUCUCCUUGGCCUUGGUGGCGCUGGUCUUCGGCGUCGGCAAUGGGAUGUGUGGGGGCGUGAUCAACGCUUUUGCGGCCAGCCUGACACCCCCACACGCGCGGACCCAGUUCUUGGGCUUGUGGAAGACUGUCACCUCCUUGGGUGGCAUUUGUGUGCCACCCAUCUUUGGACUGGUCUCCGAUUCAUCGACCCUGGACAUGGCAGGCUUUUGCAUUUCUGGUGCAGCGCUUUGCACAGCGCUGUGGACGGUGCUGAUGGUUCAGCAGGUGGUUCCCAGCAGGAGGGCGGGCCCAUCUCCAGCUCAAGGAGAUCAGGUCUCAGUGUCCUUGGCCAACAAUCCAUCUCCAGCUUGA